AUGCCCGACAGCGAAGACCCUAAGCCACCAGUCAACGAAGCAGCUCAGGGCAGCCACAUUACCCAACCCACCGAGAUCUCUGAUGAAAAGUACCAUGCGCUUGCCGAUGAGUACCUAGACGCCGUACACGAGAAAGCAGAGCAAUUGCAAGAGGGACGAGAAGACGUUGAUGUGGAGUAUAGCGUACGUUUAUCGCGUCAAUCGCCUGCAAGUGGAGGAAGUAUUCCUGGACUGACCUGAUACAGUCCGGCGUGAUGAACAUUACUUUUCCUCCCAACGGAACAUAUGUGCUUAACAAACAGCCCCCGAACAAACAAAUCUGGAUCUCGUCACCCAUCUCCGGCCCCAAGCGAUACGAUUGGGUCUUAUCAGGAGAGAGCAUGCAUCAGAAAGAAGGCAGUGGAAAUGGAGAAUGGGUAUAUCUGCGGGACGGAACAGAUCUGACGAGCUUGCUGCACAAGGAGCUUGGGAUUUUAAUCGACCCGCGUGCGGAGGAGAUGAAGGAGAGCAAGGAUCCUGUGGAAUAG